UAAUAAUUUUAUUUUUCUCCUCCUUAAAUAUCUCCUUUUCUUUUCCUCAGUGCAGUCUAGAAACUAUAUGCCAGUACUUGCCAUUAUGUGCUGAGGAAGAAAUUUCUUGAACUAUGAAUUAAAUCUCAAAAUUUCUUAUCUGGGUUUCAAUAAAUCUGUGGACUCAAAGUCAAAUUUUUGGCCUUUUUGAGCAUUUGAAGUUGGAAUCUGUAUCCAGAGUUUGAGGAGUGCUUCAAUUUGUUGUGGAUUAUUUAAGUGGAAUCUAGGACCUUGUUGAACUGAAUGAGUGCAAGAUACACAGAGCUUCAUGGAGAGCCAUUAUCAGCUUUCAUUUAGCUAAAAUGACAAACAAACAGGAACGUUUACAGGAUUCACAUAAUACAUCAGAAAUAAAGCCUGUUAAUCAGGUAGCACAUGAGUCCCAAUGUGAACAACUGAAUAAUGUCACAGAGACUGCUGUACCAGAUUCAGGAUCAGUUUCUGCGUCGAGCAAUGACAACAGAAAAGUUUCACGUGAGGAUAUUGAACUUGUCCAGAAUUUGAUAGAACGAUGUCUGCAGUUGUAUAUGAAUAGAAAUGAGGUUGUGAAGACCCUACUGGAUCGAGCCAGGAUAGAUCCUGGGUUCACAACAUUAGUCUGGCAGAAAUUAGAAGAAGAAAAUGCUGACUUUUUCCGGUCUUACUACAUAAGACUUAAACUGAAGAAACAAAUUAUCCUAUUCAAUCAGUUGCUUGAGCAUCAGUGCCAUCUAAUGAAAUAUCCAGUGCCUCUGAAGGUUCCUUUGGCUCCUAUUCAGAAAGGAAUUCAUCCAGUGCCAGUCAACAACUUACCUAUGGGAUACCCUGUCAUACAGCAGCCUCCAGUUCCUGCUACAGGCCAACAUCAUUUUGAUUCUACAGGAUAUUCCACAUCUAGCUGUCACAUUGUUAAUGGUGUUCCAGCACCAGGCAAUUUCCAUCCAAUGCGCAUGACGUCUGGGAAUGAUAUGAUGAUCGACACUGGUGCAGUUGAUGUAUCACCUGCUAUGCCUCCAAAUAAUGCGAUGUCAUCCGUGUCAGGUAUGCCCGUAAGCCCCCCAUCUGUAGCUUCCACUGGCCAUUUUUCGUUCAGCGCGUCAGAGAUAUCUGGCAUGGGAGUUGACACAUCAGCCCUUGACACGGCUUUUACAUCAGACAUGGCGAGUUCAGUAGGACUACAGCUUCCACCUGAUAAUGGGGCUGGAAAUUCUAGAGAUUCCCUCAGAUCCUUGGCUCAGAUACCUUGGAACUUCAGCCUUUCAGACCUGACCGCAGAUCUAUCAAAUUUGGGAGAUCUAGGAGCUCUUGGAAACUAUCCCGGCUCUCCAUUUUUGCCUUCUGAUUCAGAUAUUUUACUUGAUUCUCCUGAGCAAGAUGAUAUAGUAGAGGAGUUUUUUGUUGAUUCUCUUCCUGGGCCACCGUGCCCAACAUCGGACGAAGAGAAAUCCGAGCUGUAGCCGAGACGCAUUCUCCAGGAAGUUCCAGAAUUUAGUAGUAGAACUAGCUGGUAUGUAAUAAUCGUUAAGGAAGAACCACAUUAGCUCUGCUUAUCAAUUAAACUAGAAAUUAGACCUUUCAGGUGAUGUAGCUCUAUUAUAGAAAUAUCGUUUACUGUAAUGUUAAUUGAUACAGUGAAUGAAGAGCAUGAUAAAUCUUCGGGAGCGAGAUCAUACCAUGUUAAGUUGUAUUUUCUUGACUAGUAUAAUAUUAAAUUAUCUUGGAUAAUAUUAUUAAA